CAACGGGGGUUUCACGCAAUCAGGCACCAAGUGGUAUUGAUUGACACGAUCUGCUGCCAAUGGAAGGUAGCGGGUGGCGGCUGCUGGGUUAAGCGGAUGGGCAGAGGAAGCUGAGCGGUAACGGAGAGACAAGCGGAGACCGAGUGCAGCCAUGGGGAACCGGGGGAUGGAGGAGCUCAUUCCCCUUGUCAACAAGCUCCAGGACGCCUUUAGUUCGAUAGGGCAGGCCUGCAACCUCGACUUGCCUCAGAUAGCUGUGGUGGGAGGGCAGAGCGCCGGCAAGAGCUCCGUCCUGGAGAACUUUGUAGGCCGGGAUUUCUUGCCCCGUGGAUCCGGCAUUGUCACACGGCGCCCCCUUAUCCUUCAGCUGAUAUUUUCCAAAACAGAAUAUGCAGAAUUUCUACACUGUAAAUCCAAGAAAUUCACAGACUUUGAUGAAGUUCGGCAGGAAAUCGAAGCAGAGACAGACCGGGUGACGGGAACAAACAAAGGCAUUUCGCCGGUGCCCAUCAACCUGCGGGUGUAUUCUCCCAAUGUUUUGAACCUGACACUGAUCGACCUCCCGGGUAUAACCAAGGUUCCAGUAGGUGACCAGCCCCACGACAUCGAGUACCAGAUCAAAGAUAUGAUCUUGCAGUUCAUCAGCAGGGACAGCUGCCUCAUCCUGGCUGUCACACCCGGCAACACUGACCUGGCCAACUCCGAUGCCCUGAAAAUGGCCAAGGAAGUGGAUCCGCAAGGUCUGCGGACAAUUGGAGUUAUUACCAAGCUGGAUUUAAUGGAUGAAGGCACAGAUGCCAAGGAUAUACUGGAAAAUAAGCUGCUGCCCUUAAGAAGAGGAUAUAUCGGGGUUGUGAACAGAAGUCAGAAGGAUAUUGAUGGUAAAAAGGACAUCAAAGCGGCCCUUGGGGCAGAGCGGAAGUUCUUCCUGUCACACCCUGGCUAUCGGCACAUAGCAGAGAGAAUGGGCACGCCACACUUGCAGAAAACUCUCAACCAGCAACUAACUAAUCACAUCCGAGAGACGCUGCCUGCCCUACGCAACAAACUGCAGAGCCAAUUGCUGUCUCUGGAGAAGGAAGUAGAGGAAUAUAAGAACUUUCGGCCGGAUGAUCCCACGAGGAAAACCAAAGCACUGCUGCAAAUGGUCCAACAGUUUGGAGUGGAUUUUGAGAAAAGGAUUGAGGGUUCUGGGGACCAAGUGGAUACUCUGGAACUUUCUGGAGGUGCCAGGAUUAAUCGGAUCUUUCAUGAGCGCUUUCCAUUUGAGCUUGUAAAGAUGGAAUUUGACGAGAAGGAUUUACGGCGAGAAAUCAGCUACGCCAUCAAGAACAUACAUGGUGUCAGGACAGGGCUGUUCACACCAGACAUGGCUUUUGAGGCCAUUGUAAAGAAACAGGUUGUAAAGCUGAAGGAGCCGUGCCUGAAAUGUGUGGAUAUGGUCAUCCAGGAGCUGAUCAACACUGUGCGACAGUGCACCGCCAAGCUGCUUUCCUACCCGAAGUUACGCGAAGAGACUGAGAGAAUCGUCACCACGUACAUCCGUGAGAGGGAAGGCAAAACGAAAGAUCAGAUCCUCCUAUUAAUAGACAUUGAGCUGUCCUACAUUAAUACCAACCACGAGGAUUUCAUCGGAUUUGCCAAUGCUUACUAUACAGAGCAGAUCAUUCCUGGUGCACAGCAGAGAAGCUCUCAGCUCAACAAGAAGAGAGCUGUCCCCAACCAGGGAGAGAUACUGGUGAUCAGGAGAGGCUGGUUAACCAUAAAUAACAUCAGCAUCAUGAAAGGGGGCUCCAAGGAGUACUGGUUCAUCCUGACGGCGGAGUCGCUCUCCUGGUAUAAAGAUGAAGAGGAGAAAGAGAAGAAAUACAUGUUACCGCUGGAUAAUUUGAAAAUUAGAGACAUUGAGAAGGGGUUCAUGUCCACAAAACACAUCUUUGCCAUCUUCAAUACAGAGCAGAGGAACGUCUACAAAGACUUGCGGCAGAUAGAGCUGGCGUGCGAUUCCCAGGAGGAUGUAGAUAGCUGGAAAGCAUCCUUCCUCCGAGCCGGAGUGUACCCCGAAAAAGACCAGAGGGAAGAGGAGGAAACUCAGGAGAACACAUUCUCCAUGGAUCCACAGCUGGAGAGGCAAGUGGAGACCAUCCGCAAUCUGGUUGACUCCUACAUUUGCAUUGUGAAUAAGUCCAUCCGGGACCUCAUGCCGAAGACCAUAAUGCACCUCAUGAUCAAUAAUUCAAAGGAUUUCAUCCACUCAGAACUACUGGCCUACCUGUACUCUUCCGCCGAUCAGAACAGCCUGAUGGAGGAGUCUGCCGAUCAGGCGCAGCGGCGAGAGGACAUGCUGAGGAUGUACCAUGCACUAAAGGAGGCUCUGAAAAUCAUCGGUGACAUCAGCACUAGCACCGCUACCACCCCCGUACCGCCGCCGGUGGACGACACGUGGCUCCAGAACUCCAACAGCGGCCACAGCCCAACAGUGCAAAGGAGGCCGGUGUCCACUGUCCUUCCGCCCAGCCGACCGCCUGCUGUCAGGGGUCCGACCCCUGGGCCUCCUCUGAUUCCAGUACCUGCAGGGGGAUCUGCCUUUAUUGCUCCUCCUAUCCCCUCCCGCCCCGGUCCUCAAGGCCCAUUUGCUGCUGCAAACAAUGACCCCUUCUCUGCGCCUCCUCAGAUCCCAUCCCGACCGGCCCGAAUCCCACCCGGCGUUCCACCUGGCGUGCCUAGCCGGAGACCUCCCGCCGCCCCAACCCGGCCCACCAUAAUUCGACCAGCAGAGCCUUCCUUACUAGACUAAGCCACGGGAGGGGCAUUAGAGCGAGAUUGAGAAUGCAGCGCUUGUCCUUUUGGGAAGAGGGAGUGGGAAAUAUAUGCAGGGUGUCCCUGUGCCUCGCCCAGCCCUGUAUUUAGUCUGCGCCGUAACUGACCCGUAAAGUAGUUCAUAGACUUUUAUAUAAAAAAAAAAAAAAAUUAAUGAAAUAUAUAUAUAUUAAAAAAAAAAAAACAAAUAAUGGGUCAUAGAAUCGUUUUACUGAUUUAACAUCAGAUGUGGGAUGAAUAUAAGCGGAAGCAAACUGGGAAAAGCGAAUACGGAAGGAAAGAAGCUUCCAUAUUGAACCUGUGGAGUGUCAGUUGGUAAAGGCCAUGAAUCUGCAUUGGUUUUUUUUGGCAUCUCAGCUGUACAGAAAGUAGCGACCAUAUCUGACCCCUCUCCAGUUCCUGUAUAUUGUGUUUAUUGAAAGCCAAUAUGGCAGCCCAUGCUACUUCCUGUACAGCCCAGAAAUUAUGUAUAAAACUCCAUUAAAAAUGGCAGAACCUCAGUGGGGUUACAGUAAUGGGCCCCCCUUACCCUUAGAAAGGCUUAGGCCAAUAGCGGGGUGAGGUUAAGAGGGUGCUAUUUGAGAUAGUAACUCAAUAUCUAUUGGCUGUAAGGGUGUGUAUUAUGUAAGAUACACCAGAGCGACAGACCCAAGUAUUUAAGCACUUUCUACAUAUUCCAUCUGUAGAAUUUCCCUUUUUUUGGGCUCUUUGGAUUAAUGUACAGUUAGAAAUGUUAAUUUUCCUAUAUAUUUAACUGCUGAUAAAUCCUUUUUAUCCCGUGCAGUUAUCCUGCCGAAUGUAGUGUUUUGAUUCUCUCUUAAUCAGUGCCUUUAUCCUGAGGGGGGGGGGGUAACCGAGAGGAAUUUUGGGGGGCGUUCAGCUUUAUAUUUAACAUUGAAGCGCCAGGUUAAUCCCUCUAGCUGUGAAGGAGACUUCCAAAAUCCGGAUUAAUGUCCCCUAGUGUCUGAAUAGGCAACCAGUGGUGCUGCGGCCAUUAUAGAAAUAGCACCCCUGCCCCUACAGCAGCAGCCAUAUUGGUAGCUCCUACUGAGCUCUAAUAGCCAAUAGAAAAGAAUUGCCUUAAAUUCUAAGCAGCUUUCCAAUAUACAUUAAUUACAAGUGAUUUGUAACUGCUAUUGGUAAGAUCGGCAGGUGAGGGUAAAGAACCAGACACCGGCAGGCGAGGGGUUAAAGCACAAUCCUCCCUCAGCUCUAAGUAUGAUGUUAGUAGAUGGUAGAGCGUUUCUUAUUGGUUGAUCCAAAUGAAAUGAAUCCCUUCACAGCUACAGGGGCUGACAGUUCUAUGCAGUUGAGGGCCCAGGUCCUACAGGGUCUGUACUGGGCAGCAGUCAAGGGCCCAGGUCCUACAGGGUCUGUACUGGGCAGCAGUCAAGGGCCCAGGUCCUACAGGGUCUGUAUUGGGCAGCAGUCAAGGGCCCAGGUCCUACAGGGUCUGUAUUGGGCAGCAGUCAAGGGCCCAGGUCCUACAGGGUCUGUACUGGGCAGCAGUCAAGGGCCCAGGUCCUACAGGGUCUGUACUGGGCAGCAGUCAAGGGCCCAGGUCCUACAGGGUCUGUACUGGGCAGCAGUCAAGGGCCCAGGUCCUACAGGGUCUGUACUGGGCAGCAGUCAAGGGCCCAGGUCCUACAGGGUCUGUACUGGGCAGCAGUCAAGGGCCCAGGUCCUACAGGGUCUGUAUUGGGCAGCAGUCAAGGGCCCAGGUCCUACAGGGUCUAUACUGGGCAGCAGUCCAGGGCCCAGGUCCUACAGGGUCUGUAUUGGGCAGCAGUCAAGGGCCCAGGUCCUACAGGGUCUGUACUGGGCAGCAGUCAAGGGCCCAGGUCCUACAGGGUCUGUACUGGGCAGUAUCUCUAUUGUGAAUAUAGACAGGGCUAGUCAUUGUGUGGUUACCCACAACUCCCAGCCACGUGCCAGUACAAGGUUUGAUGCCUUCUAGGGAAACCUGUGGCCCUUCAGGGUGUGUUAAACAAAAAACCCCAGUAUGCUUGGAGCAUUGGUAGUAAUAGCACCUAGAGGGCCAAAGGUCCCGUUGGAUCUCCUUCAUAGAUACAAAAGCCUCCAAUUAAAUAUGACCCGGUUCAGUUCUGCUGGGGGAAUGAGCAUGUUCUGUACCCAGUAGCACUAGCGGGCCUGGCAUAUUUAUUUUGGGCUUUAUAUGACUGGGGGGGGGGUAUGUAUGUAACCCCAUAAUAAUACCAUAAAGCAGGAACAUCCCACUUGCUGGGCUACAGGAGGCAGAAACAUGGCAGCGCUCAGUAGGGGCGGAUCAGCUCGGCGCAGGAGAGAGGGGUUCUUAUUAUCUGGGAUGAAAUGUGUAAAGUGCCUCCCCCCAUUCUGUACCUUUAUUAAUAAACUAAAAAUAAAGGGAACUUUAUUUUUCUGGUGAUUUCA